CGCCGCCACCGCCACCUCACACAACUCCCUCAGCGAUCACUGCACAGAGACAAGAUGCGCUCCGCCGUGCUGACCCUCGCCGUGGUGGCCUCCUGCUGGGCUCUGGCCGCCAGCACCCCCACCUUCGGUCUGCUUGGUCCCCUGAUUGGCCUGAAGGUGAUCGGGGGCCUCUUGGGCGGGUUGGGCGGGCUUGGCGGGCUUGGCGGGUUCGGGCGCCAACGGGGCUUCGGGAUUCUGAAGCGAUCAGUGGACCAGCAGCAGCAGCAGGAGGCCGCCGCUGUGGCCCCUGAGAUGCUGACCGUGGUGGCCCAGCUGGACCCCCAGGGGUGCCUGCUCAAGCUGCUGUGUCACCUGGAGGCCAAGGAGGCCGAGGCACUCAGCCGCCACGAGGUCAUCCUGGCUGGACUGUUCCGCGACGCCAGCGACGCCGCCACGCCCUCCAGCGCCGCCUUCACCUACGCCGUCGGGAUCGGCAUUAAGAGCCGCGACGCCGCCGUGUGCGACAAGGUGUUCAGCAAGUGUCCCCUCAAGUACUCGCAGCUGUCCGCCGUGCUGGAGGAGUCCUGGGCCUGCCCCAUCGGAGGCGCCCUCCAGAACUAGGGCAGCCUGAAUGCCUGGAGCCUGCCUGGCUGGUUGGCUGACUGGUUGGCUGGCUGGCUGGCUGGUUGGCUGGCUGGCUGGCUGACUGACUGACGGACUGUCUGUCUGGUUGGGUGAUUGGAUGACUGUCUGGUUGGCUGGGUGCUUGCCUGCCUGCCUGCCUGCCUGCCUGCCUGCCUGCCUGCCUGCCUGGCUAGCUGGCUGACUGGCUGACUGGCUGACUGACCAAUCUUGGCCCUACUGAUUGAUCCACCACUUACCAUUCUCUUCCCUGGCUUCUUGCCACCACACACACACACACACACACACACACACACACACACACACACACACACACACACACACACCAAGCCUUGCCAUACACCUGCCAUGUAUUACUUUCCUUCUUAGUUAUAAAAAGUAAAGUUAUAUGAAAUG